AUGUUUCCCAAGUUGCCACCACCACCAAGUCCGCCCGCCUAUCUGAUUUUUUGGAAGAAAAUCUCGUCAGUCGGUUGGCGGCCGUUGGACGGCUCCGUCCCGUUUUCCCCCAACGAGUUUCACUUGCAUUUUCGUUCGACACAUUUUUUUUGUUUUUUUUUAUUUCUCUUGUGCCGAGUCGCAAUUUGUUUCGACGCCGCCGCUGGCAGCGAAAGUGCGUCGUUUCAAUCGUCGAUUAGAAACAAACAAUUUUCGCUUUUUCUUUUUUCCUUUUUCUUCAGUGGUCGACAAAAAAUGAAAGGUGGUGAAGAGGAGGUCGUUGGUCAUGUCGCCCUCACACGGUCGAGUCGAAACAAGUGCGUGGACGACGAAAGAAAUCGGCCGACGCCUACACCGACGACGCCGACGCCCAUCCCGCAGUCCUCUUGCUGCAGCCCCGAUUACGACAUCCCCUGGCGCAACUACACCGAUUCGGAGCGGAUACACAUUUUGAAUGUCUUGCGUCGGGACGUCGAGCUACGCCAAAUCGAAUUGGAUCGCGUUCGUCGCCUCAAGACGGAAUUGCAGUUUCUACGAAAGAAAGGCGCCCUGAAGACGGGCGGAGGACACACAACUGGCGACCAGCAGCAGCAAGUUGUUACAAUAGCGGCUGGAACAGAACAGACCCAUGGCGGUAGCGGCAACGGCCGAUGUUGCGCCCGGUGCCGGACCGGUCUGGGCCGCAUCAUCAAUCGAGGGGCCCUUUGCAAGUCCUGCCGACAGCGAGUCUGCAAGGCCUGCAGGGAGUACAACGUGCCAAAAGCGACGGGCUCAUCCACUUCCGGCGGGACCGAUUGGGUCUGCACCGUCUGCUACAAAACAGCUAGAUCGGUGGAAGCGGCCACGGGCGAAUGGAUGAAUUCUUUUAUACGGAGGCCCAGCCGGCAGCGUUUCAGCAAAGACGGAGUCGACGCCGGCGACAUUGUGGCCAGAGGCAUCCGCCGCAGUUGGACCAUAUCUAAUCCAUCCAGCGCCAAAGAGGAGGGAGGAGGCAUUUCGGCGGAACGAGUGCAAGUGUACCAUCAACAACAGUCGCCACAGCUGAUGCACGGCCAGCCGAUGAGGAAACAAGGAGACCAAGGGGCCGGCCAUAAUAAGCCUUCCGCACCGGACGAUGAGAACCGACCGCCUGCUGCUGGUGCUACUGGUGCUGCUGGGCCAGGAAAUUCCGGCCUGCUGUGGGAGCCCCGUGAUCCACCGCUGCAGUACAGCAUCAUUCCCCACCAACAGCAGCAGCAAACACACAAUCACGGUGGUGUUAUCAAGUCACGCUUGGAGCCGAGACGCUCGGCUAGUCUUUCCCAGGCCGAUUUGGCCACCUACGAAGGGAAAGUGGUUCUCGGCCGUCUGCAUCCGCACUCGAGUCAAUCACCUCCGCGCCCGCCGCCGCCGCAAGACUCGGCCGCCACGCGAUACCAAGAGUAUUACGAAACAAAGUACGAAAAACCCGUCCGGCGCGGAGUUACUCCCGAUGUCGGGCCCGGCCAGCAGCAGCAACAGCCACCAAGAGGAAGGCAAUUGUUACCUGGGAUCGAUGUCGACACCAUCUGGAAAUCCAGGUGGAGAUCCACCUCGCCUCCGCCGGCGCCCGUCGACGACUGGCUGCCCAUCAAACCACCUCAACUGGCCUGGGCCAAACCGGUCCAGUUGCCACCCAUGGUCGAAUUGCGGAGUAGCAGAAAGACGUCGCGGAUACCUCUGCCCGUCAACCCCAUGGCCAAUCCCAUGGCCAGGAGCAUGUCUGGCGACAUGGAUCACAUGAUCUACCUGGAACGAGACAUGCCGGCCGAUGCCCGGCUCAUGUUCCGCGAGAGGACGAGGAGCAUCGACCGAGGAUUGGCCCAGCAUCAAAAUCAGCAUCCGCACCACCACCACCACCAGCGGAUGGCUUACAAGACGUACGAAGAAGAACUGGCCGAUUAUCACGGUCGGACGGGCAGUGUCGACCGGCUGGCCAGCAGCGGCACUCAUCGAGGCCGACCGAGAACGAUCCGGAUGGGGACGCAAAGUCACCAGGUCGGAAGGAGCGUUCCGGCUUCGUUGGAACGACGCCACAACGAAGAUCGCUCGGCCUCCAGCAGCCGGAGACGACCGGAAAGCGGCGAUUCCAGCAAUUCUUCCGGCACCCGUCAACAGAGCUCCUCCCGUCGCGGCAGCAACUCGACGGCCGACGUCAGCAAUUCCACCAACGAGUCGUCGGGAGGUGGUGGCGGCAAAUCGGCCACCGCUUCCAGGAGCAACAACGUCAAUCGCGUCUACAUUGACGGCCAGCACCAGCAGGAGCUGCUGGAUCCGGUCGUCUUGCGGAAUCCUUCCUCGUCUGCCAUCCGAGUCACGAUGACGGACACUCGAUCCCUCAAACGGCCGACUAACAGCAGCAACCGGAGCAGCGGCUCGUCUCCGGGUCAUCCGCAACCGCUCAACGAGUCGUCGACGAUGCCCCGGAUGAGUAAACGUCACGGGGUGGUCCAGCCGAGCGGUUUUCCGUCUCAGCGAGUGACUGGCGUCGUCCAGCCUCAACACCUCCACCACCACCACCACCAUCCCGGCACGACGACGGUUUACCUGGCCCACGACCAGCAGCUACAGCAGCAGGAUCAACAGUCGUCGCCCGUCCGCCACCACCCGAUCGAGGUGGACCCGCAGCACAGCAGCAGCCUCUACCGGAACAAAGCGACGACCAAGCGCAUCAAGACCGACGCGGACGGACAAGGUCAAAAACCGUCGAUCAAGAAGGCCGUCGUCAGUCCAAUCAAGAGAACAACGACACGGACCAUCGAGGACAGGAUCACGCACGUCAAACAAGUCAGAGACGUGGCGGGCGGCAACAAUUCGACGUCAACAACAACAGCAACGACGACGACGACUCAACUUCACAAUUCUUCAUCGUCGUCGUCGUCGGGAAGGAUCGCCACCGUGGCGCCAAUGUCGAUCGUGACGGCCGAGCCGGCCCAGGUCGUGAGCGUCGACUACGCUCACGACGCUCACGAAGAAGAGGAGGAGGAGGAAGGAUCGAUGGUGACGAUGAUGCAAGAUGCCUCGGUCCAGACGAGCGAAACUGGGCAGGAUUAUCAGGAAAUGGAUGAGGAGCCGAGAAGUGAUGUUGUCACCGUCCAGCGGAAUCGGACUCGGCCGGAAGAGGAGGAGGAAGAAGAAGAAAUGGGCGUGACUGGCGUUGGCGGAUCGGACGAGUCGGAUGGGACCAACGAAGAGAUUUCGCGCUGCACCCAAAUGGUGGGCCAUCAACGGGAUCAGAGCGAAGUGACGAGGACCGUCACGGCUCAGAGUCAGACGUACCCCAACAGCAGCGACACGGCCAGCGAGAUUGGCGGGCUGCUGGACAGCGACAAAAUGCAUCCGGAAGGCGACGAUUACAAGAUCGUCUUCAUCAGUUCCGACUCGUCCAAAUCCGGCGACGAUUCGCUGGAAGGCAGUUUCGACAACGACCCGCUGCUGCUGGGCAUGGAUCAUCAUCACCACCACCACCACCACCAUCAGAUGCACAGUCAUUCCCGUCAGACGUGUCGUUCCAGCAGCGUUCACGACUCGGAGUCGGCCGCCGGUUUCAUCGACGAAAGUGACUGGGAUUUUUUCGCCGCUAGAGGGCAGCAGCAACCGCCCGUUGUCGUCACGAUGCCCAUCCAGCAACAACAACAACAAUUUCAGUUGCUGCCGGAACCGGUCAAACCUGCACCCCCACCCCCACCAUCAACGGUGACUGUCAGCGGGCAGACGGCUCACUCGAGUUGCGGCUCGGGUAUCGUCCGUCUCCGGGGUUUAACGACCGCCGACGACAGUAGUCAGCGGUCAUCGUUCGGGAUCGAGUCGCCCCGGACGUUCAUGAUGGACGAUUUCAAUUACGGCUGGACCAGCGUCGACGAGACGCCCAGCGUCAGUCAUCGCGGAUCCACCAUCGACGACUGUCUGCCAGGCUGGUCCAGCAUGGUCACCUACGCUUCCCGCCAAGUGCAGACGGAUUUCGACGCCAGCAGCGUCAGCGUCGAUUUCGAAGCCGAAACGUUCCAUUCCGAAUACGAGACGAUGAGUCACUUUAUCAGAGACGGACCGCCGCCACCGCCUCCUCCGCCGGCCCAUAUGGUCACGGAACAUUUUGUGCCCAUUUGGCAAGUGCCGGCCAGCUCACGGUCCAGCACGCACAGCCUCCACUCCCUGCUGAGUGAGACGACGGCAACGAACCAAAGCGCAGCCGGCGGAGGGAAACUCCGCAGCUAUUUCAGUCGCUCCGAUUCCAAACGCUCCAGUGGCGAGCGAUCCGUCGAAGAGCUCAGCUAUCACGACCACAUCCUCUCGCUGGAGCCGACCAGCAACAGUUUCAUCUCCAGCCUGUAUUCGCCGGAAGGAAUGGCUCUUCCGGGCUUCCAGGAAUACCGAGAUCGCAUCUUCACGGAGAUCCAGGCCUACACGGCCAAAGGUGACUGGAACUUGACCAAUGCGGUCACUUCUCCGAUUCCGUCUUCUCCGGAAUUGCGUCAUCCGACGCGGAGCCGGCCGGGCAGCAGCAAUUCCAGCUGGUUGGCCGGCCCGCUGUUGGGCAAGAUCAACAACACGUACCGGAUUCGUCCGACUGGUUCGCGGGUUGCAGUUGCGCCCGCCGCCAAAAGAUGGCGCGGCAAUGGCUCUGGUGACGUUUCGCCCCCAGCUGUUGAGACGACGACGACGACGGCAGCAGCAACGAAUGAAGUUUCAGCAUCUGCGCCACAAAACGAGUCAGUGCACCUGAGUCAGCAGUGUAGCCACGCUUUGCCCGACCAGCAGCAGCUUGUGCAGCUACUACAACACACGAGAGAAGAAGAGAAGCAACACUUUCACUUGAAUGGUCAGAUAGGCAAUCACGCCAGUCGACCCAGCAGCAGCACCAACAUCUGUCUUCCAUCUCACUCGUCUUCGCGAGUAGAAAGUCGUGCCAGUGUCACCACUAGUAGUAGUGCAGUGCCCUCCCAAUCGAUACCGAGCAGUGCCUCCUCCCCCGUUGAUAAUCAAAGCACAACGGUCGUGACAGUGAAUCGGCUGCCAUUAGACAAGUCUGAGCCAGUAGCCUUUCCAGUCCACCGCAGCAGUUACACGAGUGAUCAUUCCCUGCUGUGCUGUGUGGCUGAUGCAGCGCUGCAGCCAUCAAGCCUCCAACGAAAUCUGUCCAGUCAACGAGCUCAGGUGGCUGAAAGUAGUCCACCUUGGAAAUCUGGGCCACCAAAUCAUACGCAAACACCUCCACCCACACUCCCACCACCAGCAGCAGCAGCAGCACCAAUAACAGCUGUUGGUGACCAUUCAUCGUCACCGUCGUCGUCGUCGUCUCCACCAGCCAUCGACGGCUCAGUGGCCACCGUCGCCAAAACGAGUAGCCCCAAUGCCAUCAGCACUGGGGGCCUUCCAUGCCCCCCUUUCCCGUCGUCGGUCGCCAGCAGCACCGCCGCCGCCAUCCAAGAGCCGAUGGAGAUUCACGACGACGACGACGAUGUAAUCAGCCAUUGUUGUGCUUCGCCGCUUCUCUCAGCCGCUUCCUGCCACCAGCACCAGCACCAUCAUCAUCAGCCCCACAUGAACAGCCCCCGGGCGCCCCUACCACCACCGCUGGCAGACUCAGCUGGCCUUGAUUCCCCUCCUCCUACUCCGCCGACACUAUUACUACUAUCGCCGCCCCUUUCUCCUGGCCCAGUUGCAUUCACUGAAACGUCAGAAAGAGACGACGACGAAAUAGCCAAAGUCCAAACCACCGUCGAUUGUACCCCCCCAUUCACGUACGUCAUGCCUCAUUCAUAUUCCGUCAACGGACAACAGUCUGAGAAAGACGACGAGAAGAAAGAGGAAAAGGAAAUAAUGAUACGCUCGGCCGUCUUACAUCCCAAUGACACAACUUUGAUAGCCCCGGGCUCUCCCUUUGGAUACUCCGCCCCGGCAACUCCCAUGCAAGACGAAAACGUAACGGCACAGGACCAAGGCGAGGGUCAACAACAACAACAGCAACAACACGCCGGACAUGAAGGAAAAACAGUCGAGACCAACGUCAUGUCCAGCCCAGAACGGGCUCCAUCAUCGUCGUCGUCGUCUCAGUUGGCUGGAUCAUCCAUCGCCAGCAGCUCCCGUUUUGAGGUCUUAGCGGCCGAAUUGCCUCUUUCCACUCCUGCCGGCCUUACCCAAACCGAAGGCAGGAGUCGGCCACUUCGUCUCUUGAGCUCCGAUUCCGACGUGACAGACAACGACGACAGUUGCAGCAACGGGGCCGGUGGCGGAUUCGACACGGACACGCAACAGGAGACGGUGGUGCAGGGUCUCAACAACGCGGCCUACAACGACUUGCGCCAGUUCGCCAUCAAACAGUCGAGCAGCCAAAAGGACGUGGCGUCUUCGGGUGCCAGUUCUGCCGUGGCCAGUUCGCCAGUCCAAUUGCUGGACCCGCAAUCAGACACGGACAGUUCCAGCUCGAUAAGCAGCCAACAGCCGCCCGCCAAACGGAGCAGCAACGGCGGCGGCAGCGUCACUGCGUCGCCCGUUCUCAGCGACGGCCGAUCGACUCCACGUCGCCAGUACACGAGUUACGUUCUCAUCAAGGGGGGCAAUAGCGGCGGAAAGGCCAGCACUGGCAGCAGCAGCGGCAGCAGCGAUCACGUUAUAAGCGACGAUGAGAGCGGCGUGACCGUCACUCUGCCCCGAGAGCCCGCAACGACCGCCGCCGCUAGUAUCGUCCAAGUGCCGGCCUCCCCUACAGGGACUGCGGCCGAAUGGAUGGCCGGAGAAGAAGACGGAGGCGGCAGUGACUCUGAGACCAACGAAGAAUCGGGCUCGUGUGUCACGAUCUCUGGCAAUGGCGUCCUGACGGAUCACGAUUUGGCCACCAGCGACGACGAAGAAAUGAACAGCGAACGCAACGGCGUCUCCUCCAAAUUGGCCAAGUACUUUACGUUCGAACUCGAGUCCGCGGCCGGCUACACGGCCGACCAUUCAGCCCGCAAACAACCGGUGGUCCACCGCAAUCAAGUCGAAAUGCGAUCCUCGCCUGACCCCUACAACGAUCAUCACGGAGGAGAAGAAGUGGAAGAAGAGGAAGAAGAAGAAGUCAGCCUGACAUCCAUCGAAGAUCACGAUCAAUCCAACAGCCUGGAACAAGAGACGCUGCAUUACGAGUCGGAUCCUUCCGAUUCCCGUUUGGACUCGAUCGGCGACGACGGAGAGUCUCUCUACUCCGAGUCUGGAGCCUCUUCCGGUGACGAAGUCUACAUGGAUCAAGAGGAGGAGCUCAGAGGCUACAACCAGCGAGCCAUCGACUUCACUUUGCACACGAUCCUGGAGGAGAGCUGCGAGGAAAGCGAUGGCGGAGAGCGGAAGUCUCGCGCCGGCGGCGACAAGCGGAUGAGCAACAAAGAGCCUUCCGAGCUGGAAAAGUACUUUACUCAAGGUCUCGGCUCUUCCUCCAACGCUUCCGGUCCCCACGACCGGAACGACGACGGCACAGGCGCCAAGCAACGGCGGACGAGCUUCGCCAAUGAGGAGAGCGAGUACAGCGACACCUUCUCGGAGACGUCCAGUUCGAUUUACUCUGAAGGCCGGAGUGGCGGCGAGGAAGAAGAUGAAACGGAUCCGGUUGAGCUGGCCUCAUCGCGCCUGGAAAAAUACUUCCGCACCAAUUUCCUAGGACUGGAAGGUGCCGGCGGUCAUGGCAACCGAGCGGAAAUGUUGGGCAAAGCCGGAAACAACACCUCGUCGGACGGGAGCGAAAGCGUCGGCAGCGACAGCGAAGGGCAUCCAAGCCCGGAGCAGCAGCGCCGGAAGAAGGUAAUGAAGACGCGUGGACUUCGUGGACAGCAGAUGCAAGCAUCCGGCGGCGCUGCUGCCGCCGACUGGAGCCGUUCAAGUUUAGUCGGCAGCGACCUUGACGACGGGGCCCAAUCCGACAGCCUCUCGACCGAUCCCGACUCUCUGCCGCUGGACAGCCUCCACCACUCGGUGUCGUCGUCGCCUUCCGGAGAUGACGACGACGAAGAGGAAGAAGAGGAAGAGGAGAUUGUCAUGGAGAAAACGGACGGGCAGUUUGACACCAUCAAGCGUCGCAAGAAGAAGCGCAGCGCCGGCGACUCGAACCAGCAGGCCGUGGAGAAGCAGCUGGCCAUCAUAGAGGACCAAGCGGCGGCCAUGCAGCAGCAGCAGACCAAUUUCACCACUGACGACACGGACAAAACGCUGGAAGCCCUCAACGCCCAAAUGAAGACGACUCCCCAAGUACCACCACCGCCACUUCCGGCCGUCGUUGUCGACGAAAGCCAAGCCGCCGCUGUUGCUGUCGCUGUCGCUGCCGUUCCUGCUUCCGCCAGUGGACUGGAUCCCAACUGCCCGCGCAAGUAUCAGAGCCGUGACAGCGGCUUUGUCGGCAGUUGCGACGACCUGCUCAACGAUUCGCAAAAGGGCAUCCGCCAGCGACUGUCAUCCGAGUCUGGUGGCAGUUCGGACGGAGUCACGGACGAGAAAACCAAAAAAACGGCCGCGAGCGCCUUGACGCCGUCUGGCGACGACGAUUUUAACGGAUCCAACGCCACUCUGGUCAACAAACCGGACGAGAGUGAUUCGAAAUCGGGGAAAAGUGUGGGCAGUAGCGGCUCUUCGGGUGAUCACGGAGGCUCACUCACGUCCACUUCUCAGUCGUCCAAGAGCGGCAAACUCAGCCGCAAGGACAGCUUCAACAACUGGAGCUCAGACGAGGAAACGAAUCUCAUGAUGAACAAGAUGCGGGCCUUUUUUCGCAACAUGGUCUCCGGAGGCGGAGGCAACAACGACGGCGGCAGCGAGAAGACCAAACCUCCGCAAUUGGUCGUUUUCGAAACGGAAUUGACUCGCCUCAUGAAAUCGGUGCCCGGCAUCAACGACCAGCAAGUCAAGGAAAUCGUGGAAUAUCUCAGCAGCGAAGACACGUGGAGUGACAGCUACGACUCUUCCGACUACACCAGCAGUGAUUUAGAGGCAGCCGGAGCCGUGCUGGAUCAGUCGACUCUAUUGCCUGAACUUCUCGGUGACAGAUCUGAUCUUCAGCAACAAAUUUCGGCCAGUUGCCAGGAAAUAAUCGAGAAAUUCGAUCUGGACCGCAGCCCCGAUGGAUCGCAUUUGCAAAUCGACGCAGUCGGAUCCGCCCCCUGGCUCCAUGUCGGAUCGGUUGAUGACGCCAGUAACUCGUUGAAUAAGGAAACAGCUUUCGUCUACCAGCGACUCGUCAAUUCCCUGAUGAGAUUGAAUAACGGUCCCAAACUUCCGGCAACGAACGCGACAGCUCAAUCAACUGCACCUGUUGCUGCUGGGCCGAGUUCAGAGGAUCCUUCGACCAGCCAACAGCAACCGCAUCAAAACUCACCGCCAAUGAUCGCCAAAGUAUUGCACCACAUUGGAAACCGACUAGUGGCGCUCAUGCACGAAGUCUCGGCCAGCAGUCCAGACACAACUUCACAUUCCGGCAGCCUAGACGAGGACGCCCAGUCGGCCAGCCGUCUCAAGGAACUACGAUUGGCCGCUCAUUUCGAGCCAGUGACCUCCAGUCCACGUCUACCAAAGGUCGGCCGAUUGUACGUCAGUAACAAGGACCAUCACAGCUGCUCGGACGACAAGCGCUCGCUUUCAACCAGCAUCGACUCGGAAGACACGCCUACCGAUACGGAGCAAUCGCCCGAUUCAUCCGACGACAGCCGGAAUCGUAAAAAGAAUGGAGACACUUCCAACAGCAACAUCAAGUUUGGAUUCGAGAGCUUGCAUACUUACGAGAAGCGGAUGUCUUCGUCGUUGCCUCCUCAGUUGGUAGGAGUUGAACAGCAGCAGCAGCAACAACAACAGCCGCGCAGCAGCAGCCUCCGCGGAGAUGGAUUCGCUUCCCUUCCGGAAGAGAACAGCCGCAGCAGCGGCAACUUUAUUGGCGGUUCCCGUAGCGUCAAGGCCCGACUAGCUGAACGGGCUCGAACUCUUGAAGCCGAACGGAGACGUAUGGCCGAGGAGCAACAACAACAGCAACAACAGCAGUUGCAGGAAAUGAGCGUCUCUGCCGCUGCGGCAGCCGUCGCCAGCGCUUCGGUUGUCGAGGAAGAUCCCGCUGACGAGGAUCGUUUCUACAAGAAAGCUCGCAAACUUCCGCGCUUCUCGCUGUUUGCCCGGACGUCACGCGACAGUGCCAACAGGGAUGCCCUCCAGUCAUCCAGCAGUGGCGUCUCUGACAUUGCCGAAGAGAAAGAAGACGAAUUUUCCGGCUGGCGUAGCAGCUUUGAAUCCGCCAUCGCUGCAGAUUCGAGAACGAAACUUUCUUUGGAGGCCAAACGGCGAAGUGCUGGAUCUGCUUCGUCUAGCGAAUUGUUCGCCAGCACUGGCGAGCUGCUGGAUCGUGAUUCGUCACGGGGAUUGCGUGUCCGCGGAGCCUCAGCCGGCCAUUCGUCCAAGUUCUCACUUCCCAAUCUUCUCGAAAGAGAUGCCGUGCGGAUGGCUAGAGAACGUGACAGGGAGCGGUCGGCCAGCAGUGACGUGCUGCUUUCCACUUCGCCCGUGGCCAGCAGCGCCAUGCUCUCCAGCGUUGCCGACCACCAGCAGAGUGGCGAUGCCGAAGAUGAAGAUGGCGCCUGGGAUCGGCUGGUCAUUACUCGCCUCUCGUCGAAACGUCGUUCCAGCGUGCCCGACACGAGAGAGGAAAGAGGAAGCGCCGAAGCCUCGGAGCCGCGUUCGACGACACUGCCGCGCAGCGCCACCGCAUUGAGCGCCGUGGAGAACGAACUCGACUUGGGUUCGAGUUCGUCGCCGUCCAUUUCUGUCUCAACGGCCGGUGUCAAGAAAUCACUUUCGCUCCUGUUGAGCCACACGACGACCAACUCGGCUUCCGAGACGAGUCUCAACACUUCCAAUGAUGCCACGCCGGUCCGUUCGGCCCGUUACAGGCCACCUGGAUUUCGUGGGCACACUGGAUCAGCGUCUUCACAUCAUGUCGAGACAACGCCCAAAACUCCUCAGCGCAGUAACACACCUCAACGCGCCCCGUCUGCUCCCUGGCUGGGUGCCGAGUCCGUCACUCCUCGUUCAACAGGAUCGGCGGCCUCUUUGUCCAGUCGGAGGAACGUUCGUUCCAUGUUGGCAGAUGAGAGAAGAGAACCUUAUUCGUCGAGUCCUUCCUUUGUUCGGGAGGGACUGCGGACGAGUGUAGCCAGCAGUGCGGCUAGCGGCGAGUCCUUCUCCAGUGUAUCGGCCUCCGAUACGCUGGACGAUAGCGAAUUGUCUGUUACUACAGUCAACAACAAGUCUCGCAGUGCAUCACUGUCCGCACUUGGCACUCGAAGCGAUUCCAUGGCCAGCGUCUACUCGGCUGCUGGCGAAGCCCGCUACGGAACAGUGGCUGUCCGUGGUGAGAUUCAGUUUGGCCUACAUUACAACUAUCGCCAAACUGCCCUAGAGGUUUUCGUCAAACAGUGCAAAGACCUAGCACCUGUGGACACCAAACGAAACCGAUCAGAUCCGUAUGCUAAAGUUUAUUUGUUACCUGACCGUUCCAAGAGCGGUAAAAGAAAGACCAAAGUAAAAAAGCACACCCUAUCACCGAUGUUUGAAGAAAAUUUAAAGUUUACCACCUCCCUUUCCGAUUUGGAGAACCGAACACUAUGGCUGACUGUCUGGCAUAGUGACAUGUUUGGUCGCAACGAUUUCCUCGGUGAAAUCACUUUACCACUUGCCGGGCGAAUUUUUGACGACCCAACUCCCCAUUGGUAUCAACUUCAAGAAAGGUCUGAAAUGGUAGAGGAUCCUGGUGUCAUGCCGUUCUACCGCGGCGACAUGAUUGUUGCGCUCAAGUACAUUCCCGGUGAGUCCUCUCCCACCAAAAGGACCAAGAAAUCUAAAGGAGCUCUACACGUAAUUGUUAAAGAGGCCAAGGGCCUCAUCCCCGCCAGGCCCAACGGAAACAUUGACGCACUGUGUAAAGGAACCCUGAUGCCCGAAAAGGGUAAAACGACCAAACACAAGACAAGCAUUUGCCGUAGGACAUCGAACCCCGUUUGGAAUUGUACUUUCACUUUCGAUGAUGUUGCUCAUCAGGAACUGAAAGAACGUGCCCUGGAAUUGGAUAUUUGGAAUCACGACCGGUUGGCUACAAAAGAGUUUCUCGGCGGACUCCGACUCAACCUUGGCACCGGUUUAUUCCAAGGAAAACCGGUCGAGUGGAUGGACGCUAGCGGCAAAGAAGUGACGCUCUGGCAGAGUGUCGUUGAACGAGCCGGACUUUGGGUGGAGGGUUCCGUGCCCCUGCGCACAGCGAUGGAGCGUCCAUCUGGCGAGUGAAACGGCGACGCUACGGGUACAUCGAAGCAAAACAUAUCCAGUCCACGAAGAGUUAACCCCUCCCAACUCCGUCACGCCGAAACAAGUGGACAUGACAAAAUUAGGCUUUAGAAGAAACGACGAUUGAAAUAUUCCCCGUGCGAAACAUUCCAUUCGCAAAUAAUGUGAAAAGACUAGACUGCAUUCCGCGUCCAUUAUUCCGAAGCCUUAAAUUAGAAAAAGAAAAACAGCACCAGCAUUCGUCACACAACUAAAACGAAUAACGAGUGAAUUGGCUAUGCAACGUCGCGAGCUGUUUUUCCUUAAUAUUCAAGCCUGUUCUUGUUGUACAUAAUGAUGCGAACAUGUGGUCGUGCCAUUUGCAAUAUCUUCAACUUCCAUCCGUUUUUGCUAUGACAUUUACAUUUCUACUUCCUAAUGGAGAAUUAUUCUCUCUUCUAACUGAUGUUUUCGCCCCUUCAGUUCCCUCACCCUCAACUAGAAAAAAACUUUUGUGCCCUUUAUCCCGACGUGCGCUCUGUGAUGGUGAUGAAUUUGUUUUUUUUUCUCAGAAUAUAUUUAUGUAAAUUUGUGCAAUUCAA